CCGCCGAAGACGUUGCACUAUCGGUUGUCUACCGUUGGCAAUCGUCGAGUUGUCACUAUCCUUAGGAUUAUACUGUUUUUCUGUGGAAGUAAAAACGUUCGCCAGGUAAUUAGUUGACUGCGUCGUCGAAUAGAUGCCCAGGUUCUUCAGCUAGGUAAAAAAUUUGAUUUGAAGAAAAAUGAAGGGAGUUACGUUAAGCAUUUUGGCUUCUUUAUUUCUUGCUCAAGCUGUCGUCAGCUAUGAACCAAAUGAAUGCAAAAAAAAGAGUGACUGUGGACCAAAUGAAUGCUGCCGUAUUGGAAUGGAAAGAUAUUCAAUUCCUCAAUGUUCGCCCAUGGGUAAGACAGGUGACUGGUGCCGCACUAAUGCUGUUGCAGAAGACAGAAGACUAUUUUACCCCAAUGGCAUUUCUCGAGAUGUAGAGGACAGUUAUUCAUUAUUCUGCCCAUGUGCAAAAGGAUAUACGUGCAAGAUAAAUAAAUGUCAACCUUCCAAAGGCUAAUUGCAUGACUACUGUAAUGCAGGUUAAACAGAAACACUGUUAAUUAUAAAUGCUCGUAUUGUCCACAAUAUCAUAUUUAGUUAUAUUGUUAAAAGUUAGCAUUUUUAGAGAAAAAAAGCACCGGGCUCAGAAGAAGUGCUUUGUUUUUGUGAUGUAAUGUGUAAUAGAGCAUGCUGUACUUUGAAAUUAAUUAUGCAUGCAUGUAGCAAAGAAGGAACUUAGAGAAAAAUGUAAAUAAAUCGAAAAAGACGAAAAGACGAAA